AUGGGCUCCGAGAAGGACUCUGAGUCGCCGCGCUCCACAUCCCUACACGCGGCCGCGCCCGACCCCAAGUGCCGCAGCGGCGGCCGGCGCCGGCGCCUCACCUUCCACAGCGUCUUCUCCGCCUCGGCCCGCGGCCGUCGCUCCAGGGCCAAGCCUCAGGCCGAACCACCGCCCCCGACCGCCCCGCCGCCGCCCGCCCCGGCCCCGGCCGCGGCCCAGACCCCGCCGCCCGAGGCGCUACCCGCCGAACCUGCCGCGGAGGCCGAGACGGAGGCCGAAGCGGCGGCAGGGCCCGGAUUCGACGAUGAGGAGGCGGCGGAGAGCGGCGAGCCGGGCUCGGAGGAGGUGGAAUGCCCGUUGUGCCUGGUGCGGCUGCCGCCGGAGCGGGCCCCGCGCCUCCUCAGCUGCCCGCACCGCUCGUGUCGGGACUGCCUCCGCCACUACCUGCGCCUGGAAAUCAGCGAGAGCCGGGUGCCCAUCAGCUGUCCCGAGUGCAGCGAGCGGCUCAACCCGCACGACAUCCGCCAGCUGCUGGCCGACCCGCCACUCAUGCACAAGUACGAGGAGUUCAUGCUGCGCCGCUACCUGGCCUCGGACCCCGACUGCCGCUGGUGCCCAGCCCCCGACUGCGGUUAUGCUGUUAUUGCCUAUGGCUGUGCCAGCUGCCCAAAGCUGACCUGUGAAAGGGAAGGCUGCCAGACUGAGUUCUGUUACCACUGCAAACAGAUAUGGCAUCCAAAUCAGACAUGCGAUAUGGCCCGUCAGCAGAGGGCGCAGACUUUGCGAGUAAGGACCAAACAUACUUCAGGCCUCAGUUACGGACCAGACUCUGGACCAGAUGACAUUAAGUCAUGCCCACGAUGCAGUGCUUACAUUAUCAAGAUGAAUGAUGGAAGCUGUAAUCACAUGACUUGUGCAGUAUGUGGCUGUGAAUUUUGCUGGCUUUGUAUGAAAGAGAUCUCAGACUUGCAUUACCUCAGCCCCUCUGGCUGCACAUUCUGGGGCAAGAAGCCGUGGAGCCGUAAGAAGAAAAUUCUUUGGCAGCUGGGCACAUUGAUUGGUGCUCCGGUGGGAAUUUCCCUCAUUGCUGGCAUUGCUAUUCCUGCCAUGGUCAUUGGCAUUCCUGUUUAUGUUGGCAGGAAGAUCCAUAGUAGGUAUGAAGGAAGGAAAACCUCCAAGCACAAGAGGAAUUUGGCUAUUACAGGAGGAGUGACUUUGUCGGUCAUUGCAUCCCCAGUUAUCGCUGCAGUUAGUGUUGGAAUUGGUGUCCCCAUUAUGCUGGCAUAUGUCUAUGGGGUUGUGCCCAUUUCUCUCUGUCGUGGUGGAGGCUGUGGAGUUAGCACAGCUAAUGGAAAGGGGGUCAAAAUUGAGUUUGAUGAAGAUGAUGGUCCAAUCACAGUGGCAGAUGCCUGGCGAGCCCUCAAGAAUCCCAGCAUUGGGGAGAGCAGCAUUGAAGGCCUGACUAGUGUGCUGAGUACCAGUGGGAGCCCUACAGAUGGACUCAGUGUUAUGCAGGGCCCUUAUAGCGAAACAGCCAGCUUUGCAGCCCUCUCCGGAGGCACACUGAGUGGUGGCAUUCUAUCCAGUGGCAAAGGGAAAUACAGCAGGUUAGAAGUCCAAGCCGAUGUCCAAAAGGAAAUUUUCCCCAAAGACACAGCCAGUCUUGGUGCAAUUAGUGACAACGCAAGCACUCGUGCUAUGGCCGGUUCCAUAAUCAGUUCCUACAACCCACAGGACAGGUAUACUAUCCCCCAUGCAUGACUCAGCAAAGUGGGUUUUGUUUCCACAGAGAGUGCAACAAUAUGGAAAUCCAGGUGGACAUUGAAGCCAAGCCAAGUCACUAUCAGCUGGUGAGCGGAAGUAGCACAGAGGACUCGCUCCAUGUUCAUGCACAGAUGGCAGAGAAUGAAGAAGAAGGUAGUGGCGGCAGUGAAGAAGAUCCUUCCUGUAAACACCAAAGCUGUGAACAGAAAGACUGCCUGGUCAGCAAACCUUGGGACAUCAGUCUAGCCCAGCCUGAGAGCAUCCGCAGUGACCUGGAGAGCUCUGAUACACAGUCAGACGAUGUACCAGACAUCACCUCCGAUGAGUGUGGCUCCCCCCGCUCCCAUACUGCAGCCUGCCCCUCUACCCCCAGAGCCCACGGUGCACCAAGCCCAAGUGCCCAUAUCAACCUCUCUGCUCCAGCUGAGGGGCAGACUGUCUUGAAGCCAGAAGGUGCAGAAGCCAGAGUAUGAAGUGGAAUGAAUACUCCUGUUCUGAGAAGCACACUUGUUGUAACUGCAUCUUUCGGAAUUUUUUUUUUUUUUUUUUUGAGGGGGGGGUUGGAAGGGUGGUUGGGGAUUUAUGCAUUUUAUUUCAGAGAUCCUCUGGUCACAGGUUUUCCCCAGGGAAAUUCUGAGAAAUUUGCAACUUCUUACCAGAUAAAACAUGGAAUUUUUGCCCUUAAUCACACCCCAUCUUACCUCCCCCUUUUUUUUUCUGUUGUUUUAAUUUAUUGGUUAAACUGAUGGUGGCUAUCUGUGAGGUGUGUCAAAUAGUGUACAUAUGUAUGUGUGUAUAUUGUAUGUAUGCUAAAAUAUUACUGAAGGACACAUUUUAAUAAAGAUUUCUGUCAUACAUAAUUCA